ACCAGGGCCUCGCUUCUCCCGGAGCGGGGCGGCGGCGGGGCCCCCGCGGGUCUGUCGGGUCACCCUCGGGGGAAGAGGCGGCUCUGGUUGUCGCCGGCGUGGUGGCUUUGCCGGGGGUAGAAGGACAGCCGGGCGCCCGGCGGCAUCCUCCUCCCACCCCCUUCCUCGCCCGGGCGGGGGUUCGGCCAAAGCGGACGCCCGUGUCACCAUGGGUGACAGCAGACCCACCGGCCUGGGGACCGGGGACCUGUCGCAGACCUGCGGGGUGUUUCUCCAGAAACCUCUGAAGAGGAUUCGUACUCCAGCCUGGGGUUUAAAUAGCCUAGAAAAAAGGGGAAAAAGAUAUUUUCCUUGAAAAGAGAUUUCCUUUGGCUGUGUAGGUCCCCGCGAAGCCCUGCCAGGUUGGGAGGGUUGAGAUCUCCUUCAGCUUGGGGCCACUGGGGUGAGACCUAGGCCGCCCAACCCCCGAGGGCUGCGGUGCUGGAAACACCAGGUCUUCGGGUCCAUAAGCUUCUGAGACAUCUCGUGCCAAUGGUCACCCUGGGGUGGCACUGGAAGGGGCAGGUCCUGCUUUUUCUGGCAACGCAACGUUUUGCUGCCUGCAUGGGUUGUUCCAGCGGAGCCCGGCCCUGACCUUUCCCCGGGAGCACGUGCGCAGCGGCUCUCGCAGAGCUGGCAGGAAUCGGGGUUGGAAAGCAGGAAGCGAGCCCUGACGCUAGGUCUCGUGCCCGCGGCGAGGCGAGUCCUGCCCUGUGCCUGCAGCUCCCCGCCAGCGUCCUCACAUUUGGGGGACAAGAGGAGCAGCUAAGUGGUUGACCGUUUGGUGCCCUCCCUGCCUGAUGGAGCCAGCGCUGGCGGACGACCUUCCUCGAGGUGGCCGGCAGAGCCCGGUGCAGGAGCUCUAGUGGGACAUCAACGGUGGCGUGUGCCACCCAAGGAGGGACGAUGGCUCAGGGCACCGGGAGCAUCAACAGCGACUACAAGGAUUGGGAGUGGAGCGCUGAUGCCGGGGAACGGGCCAGGCUCCUGCAGAGCCCCAGCGUGGAGACAGUGCCGAAGAGUGGAGAGAGCCAAGGAAAUGGCCUGGGGGCCACGUCAGCUUUGGGAGCCGUCUUCAUCGUGGUCAAUGCUGCCCUCGGGGCUGGGCUGCUCAACUUCCCCGCCGCCUUCAGCAUGGCCGGCGGCGUGGCUGCGGGCAUUGCGCUGCAGAUGUGCAUGUUGAUCUUCAUCAUCGGAGGCUUGGUCAUCCUGGCGUACUGCUCACAGGCCAGCAAUGAGCGGACCUACCAGGAGGUCGUGUGGGCUGUCUGCGGGAAGGUGCCUGGUGUGCUGUGCGAGGUGGCCAUCGCCGUCUACACCUUUGGCACCUGCAUUGCUUUCCUUAUCAUCAUCGGAGACCAGGAGGACAAGAUCAUUGCUGCUCUGGUGACGGAGCCUGAGGAAGCUGGGAGCGGCCGCUGGUACACGGACCGCAAGUUCACCAUCAGCAUCACCGCCUUCCUCCUCAUCCUGCCCCUCUCCAUCCCCAAGGAGAUUGGCUUCCAAAAAUACGCCAGCUCCCUAAGCGUGAUUGGCACGUGGUACGUCACGGCAGUCAUUAUCAUCAAGUACAUCUGGCCCGACAAGGAGCUUGUGCCUGUGGAGAUCCCCACCAGCCCCUCCACCUGGACAGCCGUCUUCAAUGCCGUGCCCACCAUCUGCUUUGGCUUCCAGUGCCACGUGAGCAGCGUCCCCGUCUUUAACAGCAUGAAGCAGCCAGAGGUGAAGACCUGGGGGGCAGUGGUGACGGCAGCCAUGGUGAUUGCUCUCUUCGUCUACACGGGCACUGGUGUCUGUGGCUUCCUGACCUUUGGAGCCGGCGUGGAGCAGGACGUCUUGCUGUCCUACCCCUCCAACGACAUCCCCGUUGCUCUCGCCCGGGCCUUCAUCAUCCUCUGCGUGCUGACGUCCUACCCCAUCCUGCACUUCUGCGGCCGGGCUGUCUUGGAGGGUCUCUGGCUCCGCUACACCGGGGUGACAGUGGAGGAGGAUGUGAUUCGGGAGCGGAGGAGGCGCCUGCUUCAGACCAUCAGCUGGUUCCUCCUGACCCUCCUCCUCGCUCUCUUCAUCCCCGACAUUGGCAAAGUCAUCUCUGUCAUCGGGGGCUUGGCUGCCUGCUUCAUCUUCGUCUUCCCAGGGCUCUGCCUGAUUCAAGCCAAGCUCUCUGAGAUCCAAGAAACCAGGGCGAUCAGCUGGUGGGCCCAGGUCAGCUACGGGGUGUUCAUGGUCACCCUCGGAGCAUUCAUCUUUGGACAGACCACUGCCAACGCCAUCUUUGUGGAUCUCACAGCCUGACUCCUCCUCCAGGCUGGACCGCGCUGCUGCUGUGGGGAUGCAGAUUUCCCCUAGGACCAAAGGGAUGCGGGGAGAAAACACGUUGGCAUGCUGGGAAGAUCCAAGAGGAGCGUUGCAAUGUGGGGCUUGGCUGAAAGAGCCCUGCGGUG